AUGGAGACAGAAGUUAAUCUCUUAGGGGCUAGACGAAAGGACGUGACCCGUGACCAAGCCAUUUUCUGUGAGAAGAGCGACUUGGCCGCCAGACUCGUGGGACCCCAGGCGGAGGCAGGAAACCAGUCCCUGGAUCGAGACGCACGCAGGUCUCGUGCUCCCAGAGGCCUGGAGGCGGGGGCGGGGCCUCGAGCCACGCCCCCUCCCCGCCUCCUCCAAAACAGGCCGCGCCGAUUGGUUCCUUCGAAACGGGCCGCGGCGAACCCCGAGCCCGAGGCAGCCGCGGCGGCGGUUGGGCAGGGGCGUGCCUGCCCGGCACAGAUUGAGCGCGAUGUUGCCCAGCAGGGAGAAGUGACCCUCCUGCGCCUGUGCGGCUUUGGUACCAGAAGUAUUCCUGAGAGGAAAGUGGAAUGUGUAGUGGUUACCGUGCCUGAGAUGACCAUGCUGCCUGCAAUUCAAGUGUGGUUUGGAGAAGACCUGCCUCUGAGUCCUCGGAGUCCUCUGACCCCCAGACAUGGGCCAGGUUUGGCUGAUGUUUGUCAGUAUGAUGAGUGGAUAGCCGUGAGGCAUGAGGCCACCCUGUUGCCCAUGCAAGAAGACCUGUCAAUCUGGUUGUCUGGUUUAUUAGGUAUUGAAGUUAAGGCUGAAAGGCUAUUGGAAGAACUUGAUAAUGGAGUGCUCUUAUGCCAGCUGAUUGAUGUUCUUCAAAACAUGGUGAAAACAUGCAACUCUGAAGAACCUGUGAAUUUUCCAAUGAGAAAAGUGCCCUGUAAGAAAGAUGCUGCAUCUGGUUCAUUCUUUGCUAGAGACAAUACUGCGAACUUCCUUCACUGGUGCAGGCACAUUGGGGUUGAUGAGACUUACCUCUUUGAAUCUGAAGGUUUAGUUUUGCACAAAGAUCCAAGACAGGUAUAUCUUUGUCUUCUUGAAAUUGGUCGAAUUGUCUCAAGAUAUGGUGUUGAGCCACCAGUAUUAGUGAAACUUGAGAAAGAAAUUGAACUAGAAGAGACUUUACUUAAUACUUCUGCGCCUGAAGAUUCCAUCAGCAUUCCAAAAUCGUGCUGUCAGCAUGAAGAGCUGCAUGAAGCUGUUAAACACAUUGCUGAAGACCCUCCAUGUAGUUGUUCUCAUCGGUUUUCUAUUGAGUACUUAUCUGAAGGACGAUAUCGACUAGGAGAUAAAAUACUUUUUAUAAGAAUGCUUCACGGAAAACAUGUCAUGGUCCGUGUUGGUGGAGGCUGGGAUACUCUUCAAGGAUUUUUGCUUAAAUAUGACCCGUGUCGAAUAUUACAGUUUGCUACGCUAGAACAGAAAAUUCUAGCAUUUCAAAAAGGAGUUUCCAAUGAAAGUGUGCCUGAUUCGCCCGCCAGAACACCUCAGCCUCCUGAAAUGAAUCCUUUGUCAGCAGUUAGCAUGUUUCAGAAACAAAACUCAAAACCUGGCACAUCAGUUGGUGUCCCAAGGGGCAAAGAGAAGCAAGGCCAUCUGCCAGCUGCGCUGCCAUCAGCGUCUUCCCUGAAAGGAGGGAAUCUGGUCCCAGGGUCAGUCCGUUCUAAACUGGCAACUUCUCCAACAGCAUCUUCUCAUCUCAAACUCACGUCUUCAAAGGGUUUAACAAAGAAACCACAGGCUCCUUCUAACAAUGCGUCAUCUUCACAUGCUUCUUUAAAUCCAGUGGGUAAAAGCACUUUUUCACCAGCUUUAUCAAGAGCAGCACCUUGUGUAUCUGAGUCGUUGAGAAAAUGUAUCUCAUCACCCAGUACUCCUAAGACCAAGCGUGUUCCGGCCCAGAAGUCAAGAGAUGUGCCUGAGUCUACACUUCUGCCAAAUAAGUGUUCUGGAAAAACUGAACCAAAGCAUUUGAAACACAAUCAUGUACCUUCCAGGGAUCACGCAGUCUCUCCCUCAGCUUCACAUUUAAAUUCAUCAUCAAAGUGUCCAAAGCCACCUAAGGCACAUCUGCAUGUGAGGCCUGACCCUUCUUCCUUCCAGUCCCCUGCAAAAGUGAUAACAACCGGUUCCAAAACUGUCACCAGGAGUCUGGAAACACGGGCUCAGCCCCGUGGUAGAGCUCCGCAAGCCCAGAAACCUAAGUCGGCCCUGAAUUUAAACCAGCCACUUUCUGUAUCCUCAGUUGCUCCUGCAAAAGCUGCACAGAAAUUGAAAGAUAAGAAUAUGGCUUCAGUUGCCAAAAAGCAACCUCAGAAUAAAAGCACGCCCCAGAAGACAGGACCCAGCUCCUCCAGGUCCCCGGGCCGUACCCCACUGUCCAUCGUGAGUCUUCCCCAGUCUUCUGCCAAAACACAAGCUGAACCAAGGUCAGUACAGACUGCCACCAAGAGCCAGUGCUCAGCUACUGGGCCUCCCAAAAAUGGCAAGGCCCCAGCUUCAACCAGGAAACCACCCUUGUCUGGCAAGGAGACGGUUAGUGCAGAUAAAAAACCUUCUGCUAAAAAAAAGGAAGAUGAUGACCAUUAUUUCGUUAUGACGGGAAGUAAGAAACCUAGAAAAUAA